ACCUGGGAGCGCAGGUUUUGACCGGAGGACCCCAACGAAACAUUUACGUAAGUUCUGCAUCCGAAUCCCCGUAUUUCUCUUUAUUCGGGCCAUUUUCUCACACUGGAGCUGCCUCUCACCUUAAUACCAUUAUGCUCCAAUGAUUUAUCUCGCUCAGAACUUCAGUUAAUUCAUUAAUUAAUGGCGGAAAGCUCUCGCGCUUGUUCUCGGGUGUAAGGAAGUCAACUUUCGUCCCUGCUCCUGCUCUCUCUGCCGGCCUCUGCAGGAUGCGCUUCGUCCAUCUCGGCCUCCUCGCAAUGUGCCUGCUGUGCGUGGCGCCCUCGUGUGGCGCUUUUGGAAAUCGCCGGCUGUGUGGCAUCCAGCUCGUAGAAGCGCUGCUGUUUGUCUGUGGGGAGAAAGGGCUCUUCUACCAUCCCGGGAGAAGAGUGCGAGAGGAAAAUAUACGAAUCAUGAUGAGAGACAGCGCCUCCUUGCUGCGGGAGGCCAGAAUGAUCCUUGAGAGUGUAGAAGAGGGGCGAGCAAGCCGCAAUGGAAUGGCCAAGAGAGGGAUUGUGGAGCAGUGCUGCCAUUUCUACUGCAAUUACUACGACCUGGAGAACUACUGCAACAUAUAAGAGCGGAGGGGUGCAACUGUGGGUCAAGGGACUGGUGGGAGGGAAAUGAGUGGGAAAAUAAAAGACAGGAAGUUGUGAAGAGAUCAGAGGUGAAGCUGAGAAAAAGAGGAAGUGGAGCAGCAAGGAAUUUGUAAGGGGAAGAGUGGAUGAGUCAAUUUGGAGGAAAAAAUUCUGUGUGGGAAAAACAGAGGACAGGAUAGGGUGAGAGAGGGGAUAGGGCAGGUUGGGUGCAGGAAAACAGUUUAAUAUCAGCUAAAUGUCAUUAAUGAUCAUUUUUAAAGCACUACUUGAUUAAUUAUUUCAGCAGUACUGGUCAUUUUGAUUACAACUUGUUUAUUUGUUUAUUUACCUGGAAAUAAAA